AUGGUGAUCGACAUCAUGCGUGACGAUCCAGCCGCGUUGAAGGCAUGCACUCUCAUCUCUCGUGCUUGGACGAAACGCGCCCGUGACCUGCUGCUCGAGAGAGUCUAUGUGCAGACGAAUAGCUCUCUACAGCACCUCUCCGAAUCCCUGCGGAAGCCCCGAAGACGAGUCUCCCUCGAUGACACACGCGAGCUGCAUGUUCACGACAACCACGAGAACCCAUUUGCCCACAUCGUUCCGCACUUCCUAGCACCCCACACAAGCAAGAUCAGUACCCUGUGCCUCCACGAUGUCAAAUGGGACGGCCUCGAAUCGCGCUUCCACCCUAGUUUCUUUGACUACCUCCCGCUCUUCACCUCCAUCACGUGUCUUGCAGUGUCGUCUUGCACAUUCCGCUCAGUAUGCGACCUCGAACGCCUUCUUGCUGCUUUUCCGAAGCUGAACGAUGUGAACCUUCGCGACAUCGAUUGCCACACUGUGGCGGAUCCCAAUGCGGGGUACAAAGUACCUUCUGGGAGCUAUCGCCGCAUCACUACCGUGUAUUACAACUCUCUGACCCUACGGGAUAUGCCAUCCAACGUAGUCGCCUCCUUGUGCGACUGGUUCACCGCUAGCCCAGCAUCCGUAGACAUGCGAAGCCUGACCAUCGUCGAUGAACCGCGAGACCGGUUUAACGAUCAGCCUUGGACAGAGCACGUCACCUUGCACCUCAGCUCGAAGUUGGAGACGCUCGAACUAAGUUGUUGCUCGUUUGAUGCACAAGAUUGGAGCCACGCAUGCACUAAACUCAACACGAUACUUUUGGUGAUAAGGCGAAGCAAUGUCAAGACACUCCGAUUGGAGUUGGCCGUCUCUCCGAGUACGAGAAGCCCUUGCGCGGGGGAUAUGUCUUUGGAAGACAUCGCGGAUGCUGACAUGCGCGAAAACCGUGAUAUCGAUAGGCAGUACGAAAGCGAAAUAUCGAUCGAGCUCAUGCGCCAAUGCAGCGCCUUAACCGAGGAGCGCGCGAAGGAGUUUUUCCACCGUAUGAUGUUCACGCUGUGUGGUAAUGACAAAUGGAAUGCACGAGGCGUCUUCCAAUGUUCGCGACGCACGGGUCGUAACUCUUCUCGGAUAGAGUUUUACAGACAGCAUGAACACCAUAAGGUGGAAAAAGUUGGGAUCCCCCAUUUCGAUGAAAUGCGAGCGGAAUGUCAGAGGACCACUCGGUACCAAUCCAGCAACGCCAGUGAACAAGAACAGCUGUCAAACGAGCUACAAGGCGAUGGAUUCGUUGCACCUCUCGGUGAUAAGAAUACAUGUUGGGCCAGUCGUCUGCCAGUCGUCCCAGUCGUUCCCACGACUGGGGCGAUUAAUCGACGACUGUACGACAGUCGAAAAGUCGCCGCGACUUUCCCACGGCUUGCGCAGACACGGCCCAAUAUUCACGUGCGCAAUUCUGACACGCAGGCGCCCGAAGAGUCCAAAGAGGCAUCGUCGGAUCAGGGCAUGGACGAGGGGCCAAUGACUUCACUUGGCUGCCUCUCCCUGUCACUGAGAGAUCUAUUCGACUUCAAGAUCCCACAAGGAUGGAAAACAGGCUCAGGCAUAUUUGCAGGAUGA